GAAUAAUUGAAACAUGGGAAGAAAGUAGUAAGACAACUAAGUAUUACUCAGAAAUUAAAUCUUAUAAAGUCCCAAAAAUUAAACUUGAUAUAGAAUGUGAAGAACAUGAAAUAGUUCAACUUAAAGAUCUAAAUAUUUAUGUAGAAGAAUUAACAUAA